UUGAAUAUUUAUUUCACUCACAUUCAUCUGAUCACAUGCAAACAAAUGUUUCUCAUCUUUAAACAUCACCAUACACAUGCAAAUGCAGUCAGAUAUUCAAAUACCUAUAUCUCUAACAUAUCUUGGCCUUGCCUUUGAAAAUGAUUCUGAACUGAUCACACAGACAGACAGGCGGGCGCACGUGCACGCCUCGCACAAACCAAACCAAGCACACCCGCAUAGCUGCGGUGGCCGAUUUCAACCAACAUUUUAAACUGGCUAAACGCAUGUCAUCAUUAUCUGUGUUAGGAGUCUUGAAAUGUUUGCUGCUGAUCUGUUGGUAACGCAAUCCAAUUAUUUAAAGAUCAAAAUGCUGAUGAGACAUAGCUCUGUGGCAGCCCUGCAACCUUAUACGGAUUGGCCAUGUUGCAUUACUGCAGCCUCACUGAACAUUUUGUGGCUAUUUUCAGAUGGGAAAUCAUAGAAAUAACACAUAUAGAAAAUCUGAAAUUAAGUAGGCUAUUAAACCUCGUGUGGUUGAUUUUAUAUGAAGUUUUUUCAGAGGCGAGAAUCAGAAACUUGUGAGGUUUCUGCAGCAGCGUAUUUGUAUCUGAAGUUUUUCGACAAACCAGACGGGUUUUGUUUGGACUGCAUGUUCCAAAGCGUCCUGACUGCAGCACAAAAAAACACAGGCCAAAACAAAUCAACACAUGACACACGAUACGAAGACAACGAGGCUUUUUCCACCCCUGAAGACAACACAGGGAGCUAUAAAAUAAAUUUAUCACGUGGGUUAAAAACUAACUUCAUUGUAUUAACAUGAAAAAUUCACCAAAACAGAUGAGCAGCUUCCCCGGGUUAUUUGGUGCAAACAAACAUUUUGCGCAUUUAGUAUCUCUCCAUCUGAUAUGAGAUGUCACAAUAACUUUAGUGUGUAAUGGUUUGUUUUUAUUUAGAUGUUUUAAAUUACGUAUUCAAAGUCAGUUUGACUGUGGCGAGUGUAACAGGCUCAUUUUUUCAGAUUCACAGUUCUCAAAUUUCGCACCAGUACCAUAUCGUUGGCUGGUUUCGGCUGCAGCACAGUAUUUGUUAAUUGUUGUUGCUAAUGAUUAAUAUUUAGGAGUAAUUUUUCACCUGAAUGAGACAAAUUCAAACCCGAGAAGAAUAGUUUUGAGGAGAAAGUGAUGAGUAAUUACCUUAUUUUUUGUAAAAAGGAAGUCUCAGUGCGCAAAUACGCAUCCAUUUAAAUGAAAGAGCCACAUUUAAUUCACACACCAGCUCCUCUGACCCAUAAUCUGAGGAUUGGAAAACAAUAUAACGACAAUGCAAAGGAAGACUGUUAAUUUCUGAUCUGUAAUAUAUUGAAAGCACACAUAAGCAACAAGACAGAUCAUGAAAAUAAUACAGUACUGUGUGUAACAAUAGCUCAGGUAUGCAAUGAAUUAUUUAUCAGACUGUGAGAUGUUUUGUAUCAAUAAUUAAUAAAAGAAAAAAAGACAAGAAUAAACAUUGCGCAUGGCGUAAUUCUGCAUGCUUUAGUUUCCUUUUACACCACAAUAAUAAAAAAAAUCUUACAGGCACACCAUCCACCAUCGUACACAUUCCACCGCUUAGUUAAUAUUUUGCUGCUCAUUUCAAGAAUAGAAGCGCUUAAACAACCAAGUGCGGCUUCAUGAAUUAACCAAGUCUUGUUAAAGUUAAAUAAUUUGUCUAAAAACAUCUAACAUGUUUGAUUUUAACGAACUCUGGUGUCAUUCUGUUGGAGUGUUAAAGACAUUUAAAGAAAACAAAUGCAUAUAAAUAAUCUGAGCGUCAAAAUAAAAGACCUGGCCGCUGUAUAAGGUAUUCGUAAUUAAUGCUUGAAAUGUAUUGCUGCAGAGACAAAAAGAUGCAUGUAAAAUGAAUAUAAGAUAUCACAUUCUUAAAUUCAGCAGGUCAAAUGCAAAGUCGAGCAUUUUAUUUUCAGGCUACUUCACAGCGUGAAUGGUUGAAAACUACUGUGCGUAUUUUAAGAUUUUUGCAGUUUUAAAAUCACAAAGAAGUUUGCAUUAAUGUUAAGAUUUUCUUUUUGAAAACACACCUGCACACAGCUUACCUUGCUAAAUCGGUGGUAACAUUAAAAUAAACCGAUGAGAACAAACAAAAACAACAGACACAAAAUGCACUCUCUGUCUUAUGGUCGAUGGCUUCACCUCCACAGCGCUGGCUCCAGGACGAAAAGGAAAUCAACACGUUGUCUGAAUUAAUUUUCUUUCAAUCAUCUGAAGUUCUGAACUUAAACCGAAUUAGAAUACUAAAAAAAGCCACGUAGUAGGUGCCCUUAAAAAAUCCUGCUGCAGCAGCCGCCCUUUGUUCCCUCUGGUGUGGGCCUGCUGUCCUGACCAGCGGAUGGUCGCUGGGUGGCGCUCUUGCUCCAUCAAAAACCCUCCAGAUUCCCCAACUUGACCGCGCUGACGUCAUGUCAGUCUGGAGCAUCAAGGCCACUUCCACUCCGCGAUUGGUCUGAAAAUCACAUGACAUGUCUCCCAGCAUCCAUAAUUAUGUUACUGAUAUUUUUGCACCCCCCUCCAAAAGAUGUCAGCAUCCUACUGUCCUUAUUCUCCUGGAGUAAUCCCGUAGUUCAGAGCAGUGGAACACCACAAACGAUCACUGUGUUGCCAAAUGCAAAAAUGUCAUGUCCGAAUAACAUAGCGCCCGGUAACUUCCUGAUGGAUUCCUUAAUGGGAGGAUCAUCUUCCUUCAGGGGUGAGGGUUAUUCCAGCAACCCCGGGAUGUACAUCCACUCAGCUGCAGAGUACGGAUAUUCAGUGAUGAGAAACAUUGGGAAGGUUGGACCAUCUUCACUCUCCAAAAGAGACGAGGUUCCUCCGAGCGCUCUGCCGCUCAGCGGCUUCCAGGAUGCGCCCUACCUGUCAACACAGCUGGCCACAUGGACCCCAGGCUCCAAAACCAGUAGGGACGAACAACCUGUUGCCCAGUGUUUACAGCCCUGCUCGUUUCCAGCAGGCAACGUCAAAGAGGAGGCGUUUUGUUGCCUCUAUCAGGAUGACAGCAAUAAGGCGAAACAGACAACAGAGUCGGCCACUUACAUCCGGCUCGGGGACAAUAGCUGCCGGCCUGAGCAAACCGCCUCGUCCAGUGGCUGUUUCCAGGUGUACAACGGAGAGAGGCCGCAGCAGGACGAUCAGCAGUUCCCCUCCGGCUUCUCUCUGACCCACUUGGCGACAUCUGUUGAAUCAACAUCGGAAUCGACAAUAAGUUGCAGCAAAGCGGCGCAGGAGGCAACGAGGGAGGUUGCUGCAAAGACUGAUGAAAGUCAGAGCAGGAAGGAAGAGAAGGCCAAGAGUGACAGCUGUUCAGAUAACUCGGACGGGGAAUUAAAAGAUGAUUUAUCCGCGGAAAAGACAACGGGAAGCUGGUUGAGAGCCAAAAGUGGAAGGAAGAAGCGGUGUCCCUACACAAAGCACCAGACGCUGGAGCUGGAGAAGGAGUUCUUGUUCAACAUGUAUCUGUCUCGGGAGCGCCGCCUGGAGAUCAGCCGGAGUAUCAACCUGACCGACAGACAGGUCAAGAUCUGGUUCCAAAACAGACGCAUGAAGCUCAAGAAGCUCAACAGGGAGAGUCGAGAAAGGGAGCACAGUGCAGUUUAUAACUAUUCCUGAUGAGAUAUACACCUGCACGUACAUCCACACACACUCACUCUCACACACGCACAUACACGCACAUUCACACACACACACACACACACACACACACACACACACACACACACACACAUGCACAGACAUAGACAGACGUACCAGACAUGCAUGUAUCAUCUUAUAAUGCAUUCAUUAAUCAUUUAUCAUAUUUCUCUUUAUGUGCACACACCACACACACACUCACAUACACACACGGCGUGCCUUCCUAUAUGAACUAUAAAACGCUGCAGAGUAGACCAGAGUUCCAGGUGAACACUUGCAGCAGCACUGGGACAGUGAGGUGCUAUUACCUUGCAAUGAUAAUUAUAAUAUAACAUGAAGCAAACGAAAGGAGGAGGCAAUCUCAAGCAGUCUAUAAAUAACUCGUGGCAUGCAAGCAGUUUCACUUUGCUGAGCUAUAAUGAAUGUUUUGCCACUUGUGCAGCUUCCUCGUUGGUGUCUGUUGCUGUGGCAUAUCCGUGCUGUGUAACGUGCAUGCACAAGACGAUAUUAAGCUAUGUCAUGGCAAACGAUUCCAAAACAAUAAAAGGAGGGGGAAAUGGAAAGGUAUUACCAACUUUGUCCUUCCCCUGGUGGUGCAAAUGAGAGGGAGGGAGAGACACUGCGGAUGAGAGAAAGGAGAUCAUGGCAGUUUUAAUAGAAGUGAGAGACCAUAACGUUGAUUUAAAUAUUAUCCAGGUGACCACAGUAAGUCAAGGUCAUAAAAUUCUAAUGUCAGGUUCGCCCUGGAAAGCGUUGGGGGUGGAUUUUAUGAUCUGCAAAUAUAAUGUGCUGCAGCAGUAAAGAUGCGUUUAAAGGUGUGUGUGGAGGAGGGCUAAUCCACACAGCAGAGGACUGCAAUGUGCAGGAUCCGAGCCGAGGCGCUGGGCUGGAAGGAGCUACCGCCUCCACCCGGGAUAAUGGAGCUUCAUGGGAGCAGGAGAUAAGAAAGAUGGUGGAUAAAAGGGACAGCGACCGCGACGGCUGCAGGAGCAAUAAUAACAACAGGCAUCACAGAAAACACGUGGAUAACUAAACGCACCGGGGGAAGGCGUCUGCAGGAGGCAACUGAAGACAGUUCAUCGGGUCAAAAUGAGUGGGACCGUGGAGUUAUCAGUAAAGAAACGCAGGCUGCUCAUAGAAAUGUUGUCUGAAGAAAUAUCGCAGAAGCUUCUUCGGGCGCCCCAAGUUGCCAGCGGAUUACUUUGCAACUCCAGAGCUCUGCCAUUGGAGGAGGACCACACGUGACCACGGCAC